AUGAUCGGGUGUUUCAAAGACCCAACAUAUGUUUUGAUGAGGGUUUUGCUGUGUAAGAUCCAGUGCCCUUCUUUCAUCUGCUUCUGCAAGCCUUCUCCUCACAUCUACGCAUCAGAAGAUUGUGCUGCUGUAGUGGGAAAGGAAGAAGAUUGUGGCGUAGAGGAGAAAAAGGAAGAAGAGGAAGGUCAAAGCCAUGGGGAAAUUCUGAGAAGCAGUCUCAAAAGGGCGGUUUCAGAUUCAGAAGAAGGUGGGAGAAAGGAGAAGAAGAAAGUACAGUGGGUUGAUUUGAUGGGGAAAGAACUUGCUGAGAUCCGUGAAUUCGAGUCUAGCGAAGAAGACGAUAUCAGAUAUGAUGGCGAUAAAAGCUGCGUUUGCGUGAUUCUGUGA